AUGGGCAACCAGCUUUUCCUUGUUGCAAACUUGUUAGCCACGGCGCAGCGCACUGGCAUACCGGCCUACCUGGAGGCAGCGCCGUUCAGCAGCAGCGCCGAAGCCCCACGCCCCACUUACUGGGGCUCUCUUUUUCGAAACCUCAGCCAGCAUGGAGUUCAGAUGUGCGUGUCCUCGCCACCGCUGCCGCCGCUCCCUUUCGUGGCGGUACCCGAGACUCGACCGGUGCGGAAGGUGCUGCUUGAUGCGCAGCGGGCCUGUGUCUUCAACAUGGUCGGCUUCUUCCAAAGCGAAGCCUUCUUCGACGACUACCCAACCAUAUCCUCCGUCAUUCCACCAGAGCUGUGGAGCGCUGCGCGCGAGCACCUGGCCAUGUACUACGGCGGCGGGUCGUGCCACACUGUCGCCUUGCACGUGCGGCGCGGCGACUACACGCGCUUUGCCGAUGUUUUCGAGCAGCUCGACGUCGUCGAGUACUACGACGCGGCUGUGCGGCAGCUGCUCGGUGGACUGCUCUUGCAGUCGCCGUCUGCUCUGCCGCAACCGCCGUCAGUGGAUUUGGCCCCCGCGCCGCCUGCCGGCCCACUGCCGCUGCCGUUCCUUCGCUUGCUCGUCUUCUGCGAAGAGGAGCGCUUUGGGCGCACCGUUGUGGGGUAUUUUCGCACAAAGUACCGAGGCGCCGUCCUGGUGAGUCUUGUGUGCGCCGCAACGGAGGCAAGCGCGGUAUCGGCGAGGCCACCUGCGGUGUCGCCGUCAGCGGGGCUGAUGCCGCGUGACGUGCUGGAGUUGCUGAUGAUGUCGCAGUGCAACGAUGUUGUGAUGGCAAACUCUACCUUCUCGUGGUGGGGUGCCUACCUGAACCGCGUCUCACUCCACCGCGUCAUCGCACCUUCCCGGUGGUUCGUGAAGGACCCGUACCCGGCGUCAAAUCACCUUUACUGCCCUGGAUGGAUACUCCUCUGA